UCUCUCUCUCUCUCUCUCUGUGUUCCUCUAUAUCAUAUUGUUUAUUCCAACUCGGGCCAAGUCUGUGAAGUAUAUGAUCCUUGAAUGCUAUUCUUGAAAUCAAUCGAAUUAUAUACUUUGUUCUUGAUUUUGAUCGAACAGUUGGUGAAGUCUCUGCGAUUUGGAUCAUCGUCUCUGUUUGUUGAUGGUCAAGGAAGAGAGAGAGAUGGGAAGGUUGGCAGUUGAAGAUGAAGGCGGCGUAGCGAGGAGGUUGUGGGUCAAAUUCAAUAACGAAUCGGUUUUUGCGUUGUACUCGCCUUUCGUCAUUUGCUUGGCAUCUGGUAGUUUGGAUUCCGAUUCUUUCCUCAGUUGUAUCUCUCAGGACGUCUACUUCCUUAAAGCUUUUACUCAGGCGUACGAAUUAGCAGAGGAAUAUGCAGAUGAUGAUGAAGACAAGGCUGCGAUCCGCAAGUUAAGGAAACGUGUCUUGAAGAGGCUGGAAACGCACGAUACUCUUGUCCGGGAAUUGGGCUUUGAGCUUCCUAAGGAGAGCACUUCUGAUAGCGCAACAGACAAAUACACAGAUUUCUUGCUGGCGACAGCCUCAGGGAAAGUAGAGGGAGAAAAAUUUUCUGGUAAAAUUGCUACCCCUUUUGAGAAGACGAAACUUGCUGCAUAUACACUGGGUGCUAUUGCACCUUGCAUGAGGCUCUUUGGCUUUAUAAAUAAGGAGAUCCAGGCUCUUGUGGAUCCUACUGAAAGCAAUCACAUCUACAAGAAGUGGAUUGACAACCUCUCCGGAUCUCAAAAAUAUCAGGCAGCAAUUUCCCGGAUUGAAGAGUUGGUGGAUAAACUAAGCAUUUCUUUGACUGGUGAAGAGCUUGAAGUUGUAGAAAAGCUCUAUCAUCAAGCUAUGAAACUUGAAGUAAAGUUCAUCUCAGAUCGACCAGUUGCAUUGCGCACUAUAGUCCCCUUCUCUCGAGCCUAUGACCCUGCUGAACACACUCUGACCAUAUUUUCUGAUUUUGAUAUGACAUGCACUGUUAUUGAUUCCUCUGCCCUUCUGGCAGAGAUUGCAAUCAGAACAGCACAAAAGGCCGAUCUGAAUGAAUGUGGAACCCCACCCGCUUGGAUGUCCUCGACUGAUCUACGGACCACAUGGUGUGAUCUCUCCAGCCAGUAUGUCAAAGAGUAUGAACAAUGCAUAGAAAGCAUCAUGCCCAUUGAAGCAGGGGAGGAAUUCAAUUACAUUGGCCUAUGUAAAGCACUUGAGCAAUUAUCAGACUUUGAGAAGAGGGUGAAUUUGAGAGUGAUUCAGUCUGGUGUACUGAAAGGAUUAAAUAUAGAGGACAUAAAAUGGGCUGGUGAACACCUCAGUCUUCAAGAUGGUUGUAGGAAGUUCUUUCAGGAGAUUGUGAAACAAGAAAAUAUCAGAACUGAUCUCCAUGUACUUUCAUACUGUUGGUGUGGUGAUCUCAUCAGGUCUGCUUUCUUGUCAGGAGAUCAAGAUCUUCUGAAUGUGCAUUCAAACGAGCUAGUUCAUGAAGGGUCUAUUACCACGGGUGAAAUCAUUAAGAAGGUGGAGUCUCCUAUGGAGAAGCUUGAAGCUUUCAAUGACAUCCUUAAGACCUGCAGCUAUGGUGGCAAGCAUUUGACAGUUUAUGUUGGAGGUUCGGUGGGUGACUUGCUUUGCUUGCUCAAAGCGGAUGUGGGCAUUGUGAUUGGUCUAAGUGACAGCCUAAGAAGGCUGGGGGCUCAAUUUGGUAUUGAUUUCAUCCCAUUGUUUUCUGGCUUGGUGAGGAAACAGUUAGAGUUCGAUAAAACUGAUGUUUCUAAUUGGAACGGGAUGUCUGGCAUUCUUUAUACGGUGUCUAGUUGGGCAGAAAUCCAUGCAUUCAUUUUGGGGCUGUAGAAAUCUCUCUCUCUCUGCUCCCUCCCUCUCCCGCACGCACACUCUAUAGGUAGAAAAGUGAAGGACAUAGUGGCUUUAUUUUACUAGUGGCCACUGGUCAGGUGUUCAUUGUUUAGUUUUCUUUGAGGACUGCCAUCCUGAUAGAGAGAAUCUCAUAGAUGGUGUCCACAUGCUACAAUAGUUAGGUUACUCAUGACAUUUAAAGUUCUUUAUUUUUUUUUUCUUUGUGGGCUUCCUUCACCUCCAGUGUUGCACAUGUGCUUUUGCUCUUUUUAGUGCUUUUAUAUGGGGGAAAAGUUUGCAGAAGCAAGUUUCUUAGAUGGGGUAGAGAGAGAAUGGGAGAAAUGUAUUGUUUUUUUUAUCAAUAAAGGGGAAAAUGUAUCAAUUCAUCUAUAUAGAUGGAUUUUGAAUGUGAGUAAUAGUUCAUAGUAUUUUCUCUAAAUGAUCUUUGCUCCUCUGCUUUUUUGGGAGUAGCAAUUAUAAAAAAGAGGAGAAUUUCUCAGUUUUUAUCAAUUGUAAAGAAAAAUAUAUGGCUUUGAGUCUUUUCUAUUCCUAUUAAACUGCCUUGUACUAUUGUGACAAUGGGAAUUUUUCCCUUUUAAUGAU